AUGAAGGUUCAUCCGGCACCUAACCGUCGCAACAUCACCGUGCGUUACGACAACGCCGCCGUAAUAAACCGCCGUCAAAAGAAGCUCCGGCGACUCCCACACAUCUUCACAAAAGUUCUCGAACUUCCGUUCUACUCCGACGCCGAUGUUUCCGUACACGAAACAUCGGAUUCGCUAAAGUUCGUCAUCGGCACCGAUGAUGACGUCAUCGGUGGUGAAAUCGGUGCGCGCGCAAUUGAGAUAUGCUCCGGUGUGACGAAAGUUGUGGUCGGUGAGCCGGUUGAUGAGGUGGAGGUUGACGUGUGGCGGUUCCGGUUGCCGGAUUGUACGGUGCCUGAGCUUGCGACGGCGUCGUUUAGUGAUGGGGAGCUUGUGGUGGUUGUUCCGAAGGAUGGUGACUUGGAUGGGGAUUUGUUGGUUGUUGUAUAG